AUGGUAGGCUGUCGAACGAGCUACAGUUCGAUGAUGCUCGGUGGCCUAGGCGGCGGUCUAGGAGGCUUUGGUGGCCUUGGCGGCGGCAUGGGUAUGGGAGGAAUUGGAGGAGGCUUCGGCAAUCCGUGCCUAAUGGGAAUGGGCUGCAGAUUUCGACGCAAGCGCAACGUCGAAUAUUCGGCAUAUCCCGUUGCGGACGCGGACACGAAAGGCGACGACGGCAGUCGCCUUCCUCAACGACCUCAAACGUCUGACGGCGAACUGCCGUCGACGACAGAGUAA